AUGUCGUUGGAAAUAAAGAAGGAAGCUUCAGUUUCGAAGCAAGAGUUCAACGGGAUGAAAGAAGUGAAGUCUAAUGAGGAGACGUAUAGGACGUCACACAGUAAUUUGGAAUCGCAGAAUUCGGAUGUGGUUUCAGAUUAUGAGCAUAAUCUGAAGAAAGGGCUGUCUAAUAGGCAUAUCCAGCUGAUUGCGCUUGGUGGAUGUAUUGGAACAGGGUUGUUUGUCGGGACAUCAUCAACGCUGACCCAGUGUGGGCCAGCCCCUCUUUUCUUAUCAUUUAUCAUUAUUUCCACUAUGGUGUAUUGCAUAAUGUGUACAUUAGCUGAGAUGGUUUGUUAUUUACCACAACAGGGUUCGGUGCCUGAGCUUGUGACGCGCUACGUGGACCCCAGUCUCGGGUUUGCAGCAGGAUGGAAUUAUGCUUAUUCAUACGCUAUGUUGGUGGCUACGGAGUUGACUGCUGCAGCAGGGAUUGUGCGGUACUGGACGGAUCAGGUGCCCCAGGGGGUGUGGAUUACUAUCUUUUUGAUUGUGGUGGUGGUGCUGAAUUUCUCAGCAGUGAGGUUUUAUGGGGAGUCUGAAUUUUGGUUUGCUUCACUGAAAAUUAUAUGUAUCCUUGCGUUGUUGGUUGUGAGCAUUGUGAUAUUCUUUGGAGGUGCCCCAAAUCAUGACAGAGUGGGCUUCCGUUAUUGGAGGAACCCUGGAGCAUUUGGAUACCACAUCACUGGCGGUAACCUGGGCCGGUUCUUGGACUUGUGGACAGCAAUCAUUAAGUCCGCUUUCGCGUUCAUCCUUUCUCCAGAGUUGGUUGGUCUGGCAUGUGUGGAGGCUAAAGAUACUAGAAGAAAUAUUGAGAAAGCGUCUCGGCGGUUUAUCUACAGAAUCAUCUUUUUUUAUUUGUCAUCUUCUUUAAUGAUUGGUGUUAUCGUCGCAAAGAACGACCACAACCUGUUACUAGCCUUGGAAGAAAACCGCCCAGGUGCUGCCUCGUCUCCAUUCGUACAAGGAAUUGCAAACUCAGGUAUCCCUGUAUUGAACCAUGUCAUUAACGUGGCUAUUCUGACAUCUGCCUGGUCGGCAGGUAACUCCUUCUUUUAUGCAUCAUCAAGAUCCAUUUUGGCCCUCUCUAAGCAGGGCGAUGCUCCGAAAAUAUUCUCAAAGAUCAAUAGAUUUGGUGUUCCCUAUAAUGCGGUGUUUUUAUGCUCGUUAGUUGCUUGCUUGGCAUACUUGAACGUCUCCAGUACUUCCUCGAAAGUCUUUCAAUGGCUAUCAAACAUCUGCACCAUCUCGGGUUUCAUUGGCUGGUUCCUAAUCGGUGUUGCAUACAUACGCUUCAGAAAGGCUAUUUUGUUUAACAGGCUGUUGGACAGAAUCCCUUACAGGAGUCCCCUCCAGCCAUUUAGCGCUUACUUUUUCACCAUCGUAGUGGCAAUUAUCACUUUGACAAACGGCUAUGUGGUCUUCAUAAAGGGCCGCUGGGACUACAAGGACUUCUUAACAAGCUACAUCUCUCUUCCAAUAUUCUUAGCAUUCUACCUUGGUCACAAGACUAUUUACAAAACGAGAUUUUGUAUCCCUGUCGAUCAGAUAGACGUCAUUACAGGGCUGGAGGAAGCAGAAGAAGAGGCGAAACUGUCUGUAGUACGUGUGCCUAAGAAUGCUUGGGAAAAGUUUAUCAACUGGUUAUUGUGA